CGCUGGCUUUACCGCACGAGCAUUGGCAGCGAAUGAAGGCGUUGGGCCUGGCCCGGGCGGCGGCAGUUGUAGCGGCGUAUUAUUUCGCGGAAGUUGUCGUGGUAACCGCAAGCGUAGUUCUCUUCAGAGCCAUUGCCAGUGCUACCAACGGGUAGCAUAGUGACGGCUGGGAUGCUUCAGUACGCUAGGUCAUUUUUCAACAAUUCGUUUCGCAAAUGAUGCGAAAGUCGUUUGUCAUUAAUGCCUCCCGGUCGUGUUGCUCCAGCUAAGAGGCAGUGGGGCUUAUCGGGACGGCCGUGGCGGGUUUCAGUGGCGCUCGCUCGCACACACUGCUGUUGUUUUCUGCUUGCACAGCGCUGUUUGUCUUGCUGUCCAUGGACUGGUACACUGAGGCUACUCAUUCCCGGUGUUUGGUAGGCCCGUGCCAGCUGAGGACUGACCUUCCCCUUCUCCCCCCCCCCCCGGAUCCCACCGCAGCGCUGUGCCAGCUGGGACAUAGCAGACAGGACGAGGCAAAACAAGACGACAGUGAGCAAGGAACAAGGAUAAUCAAUGGAUCAAAGAAAACGCGGCUCAUCGCGGGCAGCGACUACUGGAAAUGCUUUGAAAACAGCCGGGCCUACUUUUUUUCUUUCCCUUUCCCUCCUGGUAGUGAUUCCCUGAGAAACUCAGUAGAGCACUCAUAUGUAGGCUAGCUGUGCGUUUCUGCUGAGGCGUUUCCUGUGCGAAGCUGCUGAGGUCAGCACUGUGGCCGGCUCUGACCAAUCACCAGCUGGAAGAGGCGCGUAGCGGCCCUGAAUUUAUGGGAUUGAAAGAGGGGUUCAGACUCAGCUGUCACAUCAAAGGGUCCAUGCGUGGGAUGACUGAUUCCAGACACAGCCUUUUCGCCCCAAACAGCUGUUCCAGUAUGAAUGCAGAAAUGCUGGCCAAAAAAUAAUUCACUCAAAAAGAAAAAAAAGAAGCGUUUUUUUCUCUCUACAUCAGUUGAAACUUGUUGUUAUUUGGAUGUUUAAAGGAAAUCAUCUUUGCGAGCCCUUGGGCUGUGUGGAAAUUGCAGGAGUGCAGUUGUGUGACUCUGGCUGCCCGCACGGCCCUCACAGACGUGCUCACGGACACGGGCUGGAGAAGGGGAGCAUGGCCAAGAGCUUGGGGGUGCUGCACUGCCCCCCUGUCAGGACCGGGAGCUUCUUUAAGCUCAUUGACUCGUUCGCCGUGGAGAUCGGAGAGCUGAAGCAGGAGAUGGCCGUGCCAUUGGACGGGGACCCCCCCACGGUGGCCCUGCGGGGGCCAGAGGAGGAGGUGAGCGGGGUGUACCUACAGCCUCCCCCCACCGGGGGCGCACCUGGGACCAGGGACUCGGGAUACUCCUCCCUGCGCAGACGCAUGAGCGUGCUGGACAGGCUGGUGCAGACGCACCCCAUCUGGCUGCAGCUGUCUCUGAGCCACGAAGAAGCCGCCAGCAUCCUCACACUGCAGCCGCCUGGGACGUUCCUGGUGAGAAAGUCCUCCAGGCUCCAGAAGAAGGUGAUUUCCUUGCGUCUGGACGAUCCUGGAUCCCCAGUCAGAGACUUCCCCGUGAAGGAGAGCCAGUACACCUUUUCAUUGGAAGGUUCCGGGAUCAGCUUUGCAGACCUCUUCCGUCUGGUGGCUUUCUACUGCAUCAGCAGGGAUGUCCUGCCGUUCCCCCUGCGGCUGCCGGAGGCCAUCGCUGCAGCCCGGACCCACGCCGAGCUGGAGGAGGUGGCUCAGCAGGGAGCAGCAUUCUGGGACUCGGCCCGUGGCGGCAGGAGGAGGGACUCGGAGCGCCAGCCGGAGCUCCGACAGAACCGGGGGAGCAGAGCGGCCUCGCUGCCCGUCCUGCGCACGCGCGCCCCGUCCCAGGUGGAGUGCAGCCAGCCCAACGGGGCGCUGUGCUUCAUCAACCCCCUGUUCCAGCGGGCGCCCCGGCCCGACCAGGAGACCGCCGCCCCGGAACCGGACCCCCGCGCCCACCGAGGCCGGGCCGCCUGGGUGAACAGCGAGCCGCUUCCCUCGCCCCCCCGCCCGCCGCCCCCCCGGCCGCAGCCCCGGGUUCCGGACCAGAGGAGCGUCAUGCCCGUGACGGCGCCCUGGGCGGGACGCUCGUCCCCCAUCCCCGUCCCGUCCCGCACGCCCCCCGCCAUCGAGGAGGAGGAGGAGGAGUCGGAGCGUGAGGAGGCGGUGGACCGGGCGCUGUCCCGGCUGAGGAGGCCCGGCUCGUCCGACGGUCCCGGGCUCAGCGACGUGAGCGUCUCCACCUCCUCGUCCGACUCGCUGGACCUGUUCACCCCCGGCGUCUUCCUGGCGGGGGGCAGCCCGCCCGCGCGGGGAGGGGGCGGGGCCGCGGGCAACAGCAGCUCCGAGGAGGACGAGGAGGAGGAGACGGGCAGGCCGAGCGCGAGGAGCGCCUCGGAGGGGGAGGUGAGGCCCUGGAUGCCGGAGCGGAGGACCAGAAGCUUCGUCCUGCUCCGGAUGCGGAGGAUGAGCGGGGUCUUCACCUCCUUCAUGACCCCCGAGAAGAAGACGCUGUGGCGCAUCGUGGGCCUGUCCCAGGACAAGGCCUCCUACUUCGGCUGCCUGGUGCAGGACUACCUGAGCUUCCUGCAGGAGAACCGCAGCAGCCACACCUCCGGCGAGGACCUGCUGCAGACCCUGCGCCAGUUCAUGACCCAGAUGAAGGCCUACCUGUGCCAGAGCUCCGAGCUGGACCCGCCCAUGGAGUCCCUCAUCCCCGAGAGCCAGAUCGACCAGGUGCUGGAGAAGGCCAUGCACAAGUGCGUGCUGAAGCCGCUCAAGGGCGUGGUGGACGCGGCUCUGCGCAACUUCCAGGUGAGCAGCGGGGCGUGGCAGCAGCUGCGGGAGAACCUGGCGCUGGCCAAGGCCAAGCGGCCGCAGGAGCUGGGCGUGGACGGCGCCGUCCCCCCGGACCCCGAGGCCAUCGAGAGGAUUCGCCUCAAGCUCCACAACAUGUGCAAGAUGUACUCCCCCGACAAGAAGGUGUCCGUGCUCCUGCGGGUCUGCAAGCUCAUCUACAACAUCAUGGAGAAGAACUCAGGGAGGAUGUACGGCGCGGACGACUUCCUGCCCAUGCUGACCUACGUCCUGGCGCAGUGCGACAUGCCUCAGCUGGACGCUGAGAUCCAGUACAUGAUGGAGCUGCUGGACCCCUCCCUCCUGCAAGGAGAAGGUGGCUAUUACCUGACCAGCGCCUACGGAGCCAUGUCCCUGAUCCGAAACUUCCAGGAGGAGCAGGCAGCCCGCGUGCUGAGCUCCGAGACCCGCAACACGCUCCACCAGUGGCACCGCCGACGCACCACCGAGCACGUGCGGCCCUGCAUCGAAGACUUCCAGAACUACCUGCGGGUGGCGCUGCAGGAGGCCGGCAGCGGCUGCACGGCCAAGACGCUGGCGGUGGGGCCCCUCUUCACCGCCGAGGAGGUGUGCCAGCUGUGCGCCCGCAAGUUCAAGGUGCCCGACCCCGAGGACCACGCCCUCUUCCUGCUGGUCGGGGACUCCAGCCAGCAGCUGGCCCCGGACACCCGUCCGCAGAAGAUCAAGGCCGAGCUGCACAGCAGGCCCCACUCCCAGCGCUUCCACUUCGUGUACCGGAGGGUGUCUGAGCCCCUCCCGCCCGGCGAGACCCGCCCCCCGAGCUGAGCGCGCUCAGACUGUGGUACAGACCAGAGCCCUUUCGUUUAGGGGAAGCAUCUCCGCCCGCUGCUGGAACCGCACCGAGGGUCGGCCACGCUAAUAAAAGGCGCUGCCGCUGGGACUCGUAGUUCUUUUUCUCCCUGCACUUCUGGCCGCUUCCUGGGGGAAAUCGGCGAGUCGGCAGGACUGCCGCGCCGGAGGAGGAUGCGGGGAAGGUGCGGGUUUCUGACUCUGCGGUCCGCAGUUUUUUUUCGCUUUAAUUUAAAGCCUUUGGAAACCGUGCGUGCUGGUGACUCAUUCACAUGGCGGAAAUGGGCUAGCACUUUAGCCCGACCACAAAGCUAACAUGUUUAAGCCACAAGAACUAGAUCAGCUGUACAAAGCAGGCUUCCUUGGGAAUCCUAAGCAGGGGUCCUUUAAUGUGUUCAGGCAUGCUGAGGGUAGCUACGCGGGGGUCCUUUAAUGAAUUCUUCCACAGCUUAGGGUAGCCUUUAAGUUAAAGUACCUGCAUUUUAAGACUGUUGGGAGUGUGGGUUCUGCAUGCUACCUCUCCUCCUCCCAGACAACAUACUGCAUUUUAUACUGUUGACCUAAUGGAGGCAUCAACAGUAACUGCUCUUAAACUGGCAGGAUCAAGCAGCAUUCUGGGAUUUGUAGUCUCCUUCUGUAAGAUCGUCCAGCCAUCUGAGUGCUGUACCUUGCUGGUAUUUUUCAUCCUCGUAUAAAGACUUACAGUGAUGUUUCUCCCAACUGAAGGUAACAAAAAAUAGAAUGUAUAUAAGUGUACAGUAAUUAUAUAUUUUUAUUUUGCAAAUUUGCUUUUGACACAUUUUCUGUCCAGUUGCUGGUAAACUGUAUUAUACAGAUGAUUCAUUUUUUAUAUGAAUUAAUACAAUACAUAUUUUCAGUGUAUUUUUUAAAUUUGAGGAAGCUAGCAUUGCUGCCAGUGAUUGCCAGAUUCUCUCCAUUUAGUUUGAUGUCUAAAAUACUAAUAUUAACAAUUUGGGAAUCCCUACUCUAAAUGUGUAAUAUUUGCACAUAAAUAAUGUCAAAAUAAGAGCAGUCUGAAGUGUGUGUAAUGUUCACCAAAGCCAGGGAAGCCACAGAAACAAGGUACUGACAAAAUGAGGCAGGAGACUAGAUAUCAGCAUUAUUAUUGAGAUGAUGAAUGACAUUGCUGUUAUUAAACAGUGCAUUAUCUGUCUGGUCUCAUCCCAAAGGAGAGCACUGGGUACUUACGUGUGGAAGGACCCUUUCUGGUUUGAAAUGGAAAGGUCUGCCAGGGGUUUGAGAACGCUUAGGGGAUGGUUUUGUUCCAUUGGAGGAGAACUCUAGCAAGAAGUGCAAUCGGCCGUAACCAACGUUGAGUACACCGAGGCCGUGUCCUUAGUUUUUUUCUUGUCCAUUUCUAAAGCCUGUGUUUAAUUUCUUUCUUUAGUGAGAUCAUCAGUUACAAUUAAUUCAUGAGGGGAAUGAACUGUGUUUAAUAAUUUUCUCAAAUUUAAGCCUAAUCUGGACGCCCAUGUACAGCUUUUACACUCAAAAAUGCAUCCUCGAUUAAAUGACAAAAUUAAAGGGAAAAAGAGCAUACUCCAGCUUAACCCCCCACCCUCACCCCACCUCACCACCCCACCACCUGACGCCUCCCCAGCUGAGUUUCUCGACCUCUGUAUUUUUAAAGUCCUGGUUACACUCCUGAGUACAGUGAUAUUAUUACAGUUAUCAACCAAAGGUGUAAGAGAAAUACUAUCAUUAAUUACAAUAAUUAUAGUAGAAGGACAAUUGAAUUAUUACCUUAAAAUAUAAAUCUCUUCUAAAUUUAGAUUAGAAGGCGUUCUUUUUUUCACACCCUGUUUUUUAACCCUGAAAGGUUAAGAAGUUGCUGGAAGAUUCUUAAAGAUAUAUCUCACCAUUGAAUAUACCAUGAUAGUGCCUAAAAUAGGACACAAAUAGCCUGAUGUUAUGUGUGAUUGUUAAUGUUUUGCAUAAAUUGGUGCCAAGACAUCGCAAACUGAACUGAGCUUUUAGAAAUAACUAAAAUGCAUAAAAACUCACAUAAACCAAACCAUACUCAAUGGCUUUAUAUUCUUUUCUUUUCUGGGGAGGGGGGUUAUAAUUUUAUUCCCAAUUUAACCAAAAGUUUAAGGAAAAUAAUCUACACAGGACGUUCAUGGCCAGUACACUGGUAAACACUGUCAAAAACACUAUGAGUUUAGUUUUUUUUGAAAAUGUAGGUAUGACUGGAAUGUCAAAAUUGUAUUUAUGCAUUUGUGUAGCUCCUUUAAUAUAAAAUGUUAAUAAACAAUCUGUAAAAUAUGUAUUUAUGGUCUGUGCCGGAAUUUUCACAGAUAACUUUAUAAUAUGCCAUUUAAUGUGUCGAUAUUUUGUGCUUUUAUGUUGAGUCCAUUUGGGAAAGGCGUGUAAAGUAUUUGUUUUUAGACACCAUGAAAGCCAUUUCUUUUGUCGUUCCUGUAUCCUGUAUAUAUUUCAUUUACAGGUAGGCUAGUGGAUAGCAGUAACAUGUAUAGACCUGUUUGUGUUCCGUUUCCUUCUUUGACUGUCCUUGGCCGAUGGCAGUAUAAAUGAAUAAACUGAUUACCGAUUCCCAUAUGGUAUCUCUGUA